AUGGCGCUUGAAUAUUUUUCAUCCUACUCCUUACUCCCCCGACUCAUCAUCACUCCUUGCUUAUUCAUAUUUCUCAUUUUCCUUCUGUACUCGAUAUCAUUAUUCCAUGUCACUUUUACAUCUGCCUCUACACCUACCACUUCCUUUUUGAAAGUUGAACAAGAUCAAGAGGCAGUUGCUCUUCUAACAUGGAAGACCAGUCUUGAUAAUCAAACCCAAUCUUUCCUUUCUUCUUGGUUUGGACGCAAUUCUUGCCAUCAUUGGUUUGGAGUGACUUGUCAUAGCUCAGGAAGUGUCUCCAAUAUAGACCUUCACAGUUGCGGUUUGAGAGGUACACUCCACAAUCUCAACUUCUCAUUACUCCCCAACCUCCUCACUCUUAAUCUUUAUAACAACUCCCUCUAUGGAACUAUUCCAAUCAACAUUGGUAAUAUUUCCAAACUAAUCACAUAUCUUGACUUUGGUUUCAAUCAUUUCACUGGUGUAAUAUCUCCCCAACUUGGAUUUCUAACAUCUCUUAGCGUUCUAGCAUUGUCUUCUAAUAAUUUUAAAGGCCCAAUUCCUCCUUCCAUAGGUAACUUAAGAAACUUAACCACUCUAUAUCUUUUUGAGAACGAGCUUUCUGGUUUCAUCCCUCAAGAAAUUGGAUUGUUAAGAUCUCUUAAUGAUCUUCAAUUGUCAAAUAACAAUCUCACUGGUCCAAUCCCUUCUUCCAUAGGUAACUUGAGGAACUUAACCACUUUGUACCUUUAUAUAAACGAACUAUCUGGUUCUAUUCCUCAAGAGAUUGGAUUGUUGACAUCACUUAAUGAUCUUGAGUUGUCAAUGAACAAUCUCACUGGUCCAAUCCCUCCUUCCAUAGGUAACUUGAGGAACUUAACCACUUUGUACCUUUAUAUAAACAAAUUAUCUGGUUCUAUUCCUCAAGAAAUUGGAUUGUUAACAUCACUUAAUGAUCUUGUGUUGGCAAUUAAUAAUCUCAUUGGUCCAAUCCCUCCAUCCAUAGGAAACUUGAGAAACUUAACCAAUCUGUAUCUUUCUAAGAAUGAGCUUUCUGGUUCCAUCCCUCAAGAAAUUGGAUUGUUAAGAUCUCUUAAUGUUCUUCAAUUGUCAACUAACAAUCUCACUGGUCCAAUCCCUCCUUCAAUAGGUAACUUAAGGAACUUAACCACUUUGUACCUACAUACAAACAAACUAUCUGGUUCUAUUCCUCAAGAAAUUGGAUUGUUGACAUCACUUAAUGAUCUUGAGUUGUCAAUUAACAGUCUCACCGGUUCAAUCCCUCCUUCCAUAGGUAACUUAAGGAACUUAACCACUUUGUACCUUCAUACAAACAAACUAUCUGGUUCUAUUCCUCAAGAAAUUGGAUUGUUGACAUCACUUAAUGAUCUUGAGUUGUCAAUUAACAGUCUCACCGGUUCAAUCCCUCCUUCCAUAGGUAACUUGAGGAACUUAACCACUUUGUACCUUCAUACAAACAAACUAUCUGGUUCUAUUCCUCAAGAGAUUGGAUUGUUGACAUCACUUAAUGAUCUUGAGUUGUCAAUUAACAGUCUCACCGGUUCAAUCCCUCCUUCCAUAGGUAACUUAAGGAACUUAACCACUUUGUACCUUCAUACAAACAAACUAUCUGGUUCUAUUCCUCAAGAAAUUGGAUUGUUGACAUCACUUAAUGAUCUUGAGUUGUCAAUUAACAGUCUCACCGGUUCAAUCCCUCCUUCCAUAGGUAACUUGAGGAACUUAACCACUUUGUACCUUCAUACAAACAAACUAUCUGGUUCUAUUCCUCAAGAGAUUGGAUUGUUGACAUCACUUAAUGAUCUUGAGUUGUCAAUUAACAGUCUCACCGGUUCAAUCCCUCCUUCCAUAGGUAACUUAAGGAACUUAACCACUUUGUACCUUCAUACAAACAAACUAUCUGGUUCUAUUCCUCAAGAAAUUGGAUUGUUGACAUCACUUAAUGAUCUUGAGUUGUCAAUUAACAGUCUCACCGGUUCAAUCCCUCCUUCCAUAGGUAACUUGAGGAACUUAACCACUUUGUACCUUCAUACAAACAAUCUGGUUCUAUUCCUCAAGAGAUUGGAUUGUUGACAUCACUUAAUGAUCUUCAGUUGGAAACUAAUAGUCUCACUGGUUCGAUCCCUCCAUCCAUUGGAAACUUGAGAAAUUU